UCUGUAUCUCUAGCACUAACCACUCACACUCCUUGACACGAUGGCCCGCUGGCCUCUCUGGUUCCUCGAACUCCUUCUUGUACCGGCAGCCCAUGUCCUCGUCGCGCCCUACACCAAGGUAGAGGAGAGCUUCACGCUGCACGCGGCGUACGAUGUGCUGCGGUACGGCCUCUCGCCGGCCAACUGGGAGCAUUGGGACCACCGCACGUUCCCCGGCGCGGUACCGCGCUCGUUUCUCCCGCCCAUUGUCCUCGGCUUGCUGUCCUACCCCUCUGCAGCACUCGCGAGCGCGACGGGCCUCGUCGCCACAUCCAUCGGCAUCCAAGUGAUUGUCCGCCUGACACUGGUCGCGUGCUUUGCCGCGGCAUUCACACACCUCGCGCGUACGCUCCAGCGGCGCUACUCGACGUCGACAGCCGACUGGUUCGUCGCGCUCACGCUCGCGCAAUUCCACAUUCCGUUCUAUGCGGGACGGACGCUGCCGAACUUCACCGCCCUGCCUCUGGUCGUGCUCGCCUUCUCCUACCUCCUCGACGAGAAGCUGUGGGCCGGCAUCGCGCUCCUCACCGCCACAGCGACCGUGAUCCGGCUCGAAGUCGCGCUCCUCGCCGUGCCCACCGCGCUCGCCCUCGUCGUCCAGCGGCGCUUGUCCCUCCCCGCCGCGCUGGGCGCAGGCAUAGCCGGUGGCUUCGGCGCGCUCGCGCUCUCCGCGCCCCUCGACUACGCUCUGUGGGCGCCGACGCUCCCCCACCCCUCCCUACCAGACUUCACGGCGCUGCACACGCUGUGGCCCGAGCUCUCCGCGGCCCACUGGAACAUCGCGCACGGUCACGCAGCCGAAUGGGGCACCAUGCCCGCGCACUUGUACGUGAGCGCGCUGCUCAAAAUGCUCGCGGGCGCCGCGCCGCUCCUCCUCCUCGGCGUCGUGUGGGCGCUUCUCCUCGGCCUAUCCGCAAAGUCGGGGCAUGUGCUGGACAACACGACGCUGCGGCGCACAGUCGCCAGCGCCGCACGCACGCUCGGCCCCGGCGUCGUCUGCCUCGUCGCCGUCCUCAGCACGGUGGGGCACAAAGAAUGGCGCUUCAUAGUGUACGCCAUCCCGCCGCUCAACAUCGUCGCGGCGGCGUGCGCCGCCGCCCUCGCCGCCCUCCCGCGCCGCGCGUUGCGCGCCCUGUCCCGCCUCGCCCUCACCGGCUUGUUGGGGAUCACGGCCGCAUUCGCCCUCUUCUCGACGUACGUCAGCACGCACAACUACCCUGGCGGGUGCGUGUGGCGCGCGCUCGAAGCCGCGCGCCUCCCGCACAAAUCGACGAUCCACUUCCAUAGCUACCCCCUCCAGACGGGCGCGUCGCUCUUCACCUUCGUGCGCGGCAAGCACGCGUCCCCCGCCUUCCCCGCCCCCGUCGACGUGCAGUGGGUAUACUCGAAAAGCGAGGAGCCCAGCCUCCAAACGCCGCAGGGCGCGUGGCUCGCCGACCUCGACGCCGUCGUCACGGAGCGGUGGCGCGAGUUCGCGGGCGCAGAGAUCGACGGGCACAAGAUGUGGGCGCUGAUUGGCGCGUGCGACGGCUUCGACGGCGUCCAUUUCGGCAAAGAGGGGGUGCAGGUGCGCACGAGUCCCAAGAUUGGGCUCCUGCGGCGGUUGUAGGAUCAGGAUGGAAAGAUGGAUUGGUAUGGGACAGGAACGAGCCACGGCUACACACGACCCUGCAUGAUCGCUCUAUAUCUAGUAGACAAC